GCUGGCGGAUGAUCGCUGGAAAUGCGUUUGCAUCGCGCUGGUGGAUGACUGCUGGAAAUUGUCCAACACAUGUCUAUCACGUGUCUGUUAUAUUGCUAGCUUUUUCUAUUUAACACUCACAAAAGGCUUCAAAACGUUGAGGAUUGAUCAAACAUACAAGUAACUGAAAAUAGAAAAAAAUUGUAGAGAGAAACAUGGCGGAAAUUCGAUUCAUCUCCGUUGAUCUAGUCCAAGCGACUAGUCACCACCAUGGUGAAUCAACCCAUCAUAGGAUUGAGUUGACUCCAUGGGAUCUCCAACUUCUCUUAGUUGGCCCUAUCCAAAAGGGUCUUCUCUUCCUCAAACCCACACCAACACCAACACAAUCACAAUCACAACAACAACAACUACCAGUGCUGGCAAACACCAUAGUUGAUCAUCUCAAGAUCUCAUUUUCUCGCACACUUGACUUCUUUCCUCUCCUCGCUGGCCGUCUCGGUGCCAUAAAAAAUGACGACGACACCUCCUCGUUCUUCAUAGACUGCAACAAUGCCGGAGCGCAUUUCGUUCAUGCCAUCGCUGACAAUGUCACUGUUAGUGAUAUCCUUGGUCCCGUGCACGUACCUCGACUUGUCCACUCUUUUUUCCCACUAAAUGGUUACCUUAACUAUGAAGGCACUUCCAAACCAUUGCUUGCGGUUCAAGUAACUGAGCUCCUAGACGGCUUCUUCGUGGGCUGCACCAUGAAUCAUGCGGUUUCUGACGGGUCGUGUUUCUGGCAAUUCUUUAAUUCUUGGUCCGAAAUAGCUCGAGGUUCUGACAAAAUAUCGCGACCUCCGGUUCUUAACCGUUGGUUUCCUAGUGAUGUCGACUGCUCCAUUCGAAUCCCUUUUUCCUCCGAGCAAAUUAGCGAUACCUUCGUUUUACCAAAAGUAGAAGAAAUGGUUUUUCAUUUCACGAAAGAGAAAAUUGCAAAACUUAAAGCCAAAGCCAAUGCCGAGAUGAACACCACAACUAUCUCCUCUCUCCAAGCAUUACUAGCUCAUCUAUGGCGAUCUGUCGUACGUUGCCAAAACAUCAAUGACACUAACCAAGAGGUGAAGUACGUUUUCCUAGUGAGUGCGAGGCCAAGGCUUCGACCCCCGUUGCCAGAAGGGUAUUUUGGGAAUGCAAUUAAUGGUGAGAUUUUACGUGCCGCGGUGGAGGAGGUGGUGGGGAAGGGACUUGGUUGGGUGGCUUGGCAAAUGAAUAAAGCGAUUGCUUUGCAGACGAAUGAUGGGAUUAGGAAAUUGUACGAGGAUUGGGUAAAGAAUCCAAAACUAUUGAAAAUGAGUGUGAUGACAAACAAUGCCUUGACGACUAGUAGUUCGCCUCGGUUUAAUGUGUAUGGGAAUGACUUUGGUUGGGGAAAACCAGUGGCGGUGAGAAGUGGCAGCGCGAACAAGAGUGAUGGGAAGAUAACGGUUUUUCCCGGGGUGGAAGAAGGGAGUAUUGACAUUGAGGUUUGCUUGUUGCCUCAGAAGUUGGUUGCUAUGAGGGAUGAUGAAGAGUUCAUGGAGGCUGUGACUAUGUGAUCCAUGUCAAGUUUGGCUUCGUUUGAGAACACAAUGAAGAAGGUAAUGAAGCAUUAUUUGAUCGGUGAUAGGAAAGGUGUGCGGUUGAUGUUUGUUCAAAUGGUAUUGUUUGCCUGGUGGUGUUUUGUUGUGUCUUCGAAUAUAGAAGACGACCAAGGGAAAUUACUGACAUUUAUGAUAUGUUUGAUUGGAUGUACUGAAUAAGGGGGAUUAGAAUCUAUUGGACUUGAGUCUUAGGACUGUGAAUCUUCGGACUAUUUGGUUAGAUUGGAUAUGUAUCCUGUGUUUGUUUUUUCAUGGGAUUAGAUGUUUGAAAAGAACUAUUUUUAGUGAAUCCAAUGUUUGGUUGGACGAACUGGAUAGGAUAAACGAACAAAAGAUUAUUUUAUCAUUUUUUAAUUAUUUACUAAGUAAUAGCAAUAUUAAACAUAUCUUUAAUAUUUUAAUUAUUU